GUCUCUCCCUCACAACUCAAAUCAACAAAGCUUUUUCUCUUUAAUUUGGUUUAAGCUUUGUUUGUUAAUUUAGUUUUCCAAAUUUAACACAUUAUUAAGGCUAAUUAUGGCUGAUAUUGAGGGUUCUCCAGGAAGCUCCAUGCAUGGAGUAACUGGAAGGGAACAAACCUUCAUAGCCUCAGUGGCUUCCCCUAUGGUCCCUACAGACACCACAGCAAAUUUCGCUUUGCCAGUAGAUUCUGAGCACAAGGCAAAAAUUUUCAAGCUUUUUUCCUUAGCCAACCCUCACAUGAGAACCUUCCACUUGUCUUGGAUAUCCUUCUUCACUUGCUUUGUCUCAACCUUCGCGGCGGCGCCACUUGUCCCCAUCAUUCGCGACAACCUUAACCUCACCAAAGGCGACAUCGGGAACGCCGGCGUUGCCUCUGUCUCCGGCAGCAUCUUCUCCAGGCUCACAAUGGGCGCGGUUUGUGACCUACUUGGACCGCGUUACGGCUGUGCCUUCCUCAUCAUGCUCUCUGCACCAACCGUGUUCUGCAUGUCUUUUGUGAAUGAUGCUGCUGGUUACAUAGCAGUGAGGUUCAUGAUAGGGUUUUCGUUGGCCACUUUUGUUUCAUGCCAGUAUUGGAUGAGUACUAUGUUUAAUAGUAAGAUUAUAGGGCUUGUGAAUGGGACUGCUGCAGGGUGGGGGAACAUGGGUGGUGGGGCCACUCAGCUCAUAAUGCCUAUGGUUUAUGAGUUGAUUAGAAGAGCUGGGGCUACUCCCUUUACGGCUUGGAGGAUUGCUUUCUUCGUCCCUGGUUGGAUGCAUGUGGUCAUGGGGAUCUUGGUCCUAACCCUAGGCCAAGAUUUACCUGAUGGAAACCUUGGUGCCUUGCAGAAGAAGGGUAAUGUUGCCAAAGACAAAUUCUCCAAGGUGCUAUGGUAUGCCAUAACAAAUUACAGGACAUGGGUUUUUGCCCUCCUCUAUGGGUACUCGAUGGGAGUUGAAUUAACCACUGACAAUGUCAUUGCUGAGUAUUUCUAUGACAGGUUUAAUCUCAAGCUACACACUGCUGGAAUCAUUGCUGCUUCAUUUGGAAUGGCAAAUCUCCUAGCUCGUCCCUUUGGUGGAUACACUUCUGAUGUUGCAGCCAGGUUGUUUGGCAUGAGGGGCAGGCUUUGGAACCUGUGGAUCCUCCAAACCCUAGGAGGCGUUUUCUGCAUAUGGCUUGGGCGUGCCAAUUCCCUUCCCAUUGCAGUCUUGGCCAUGAUCCUCUUCUCCAUUGGUGCUCAAGCUGCAUGCGGUGCAACUUUUGGCAUCAUUCCCUUCAUCUCAAGGCGUUCUCUUGGGAUCAUAUCAGGCCUAACUGGUGCAGGUGGAAACUUUGGUUCUGGUUUGACCCAAUUAAUCUUCUUUUCAACCUCAAGGUUUUCUACUUCCACUGGUCUCUCCCUUAUGGGUGUCAUGAUUGUGUGUUGCACUCUUCCUGUGACUCUUGUUCACUUCCCUCAGUGGGGUAGCAUGUUCCUCCCUCCUUCAAAGGAUGUCAACAAGUCCACUGAGGAAUACUAUUACACCGCUGAGUGGAAUGAGGAAGAGAAGCAAAAAGGGUUGCACCAGAAUAGUCUCAAGUUUGCUGAGAAUAGCCGUUCAGAGAGAGGUAAGCGUGUGGCCUCAGCACCAACACCACCAAACACAACUCCAACUCAUGCCUAGCUUCUCCACUUUGCACUCUCAUUCAUGCGCCUUCAGCGUAUUUUUAACCAUUGGAUGAAGAUCAGACAAUUGAAGUUGAUCGAACGAGAUAAAAUAUGAGUGGUCUGAUAUUCAUCAGACGGUUUUAAAUUGCUGAAUGUGGGUGAAUGUGUUGAAGAGUGAAUGGAGUGAUUGGGGAAUCCGGAUCCCAAGUUUUAAGGCCUUAGGGUAUAACUACUGCAGUAGAAAAUACCACCAAUAAUGAGGAACAACCUAAAGGGAAUCUCAAAUUGAAUAAGUUACUUUUUUAUUUUAACCAAAAAAAAAAAGUUGAAAUACUAGUAAUGUUUCUUGCGCUUAUUUUGGUGUAAUGUUUACACCAGACUUACUUAUACGUGGGCCAUACAUAUAUAUAUGCAAGAAUCAAUUUAUGAUUAUGCAAAAGAAGUGAUGUAAAAAAAAAAUAAUGUACUGUGUUUUGAAUUUUGGUGUGCAACUGAUGAUAUAUUUACAUCAUCUUAUAAUAUGUACACAUUGAAUAUUCUGGCGUGUACGAUGGGAGCAAUAUAGAGAACAAACUUCAGAUUCA